AAUUAGAUGUGUCCUACUCUCUUUAAUCCUAGUAGUUAAAAAAAAAAAAUCCACUGGCUGAGGGCACCAGCGUGGUGGCACACGACUGUAAUCCCUGUACUCAGGAGCCUGAGAUAGGAGGAGCUCAAGCCCGAGGACACCCUGAACUACUUGGCUUUGCAACCAGCCUGGGUUGUGGGAGUGGAAACUGGCCGAGAUGAUUGAGAAUGAACACUGGGCAGUGAGGACCUUAAGCUUGAAGGUUUUUGGAACAUGAGCUGGACCUGAGAACUUCAAGAGUGUAUGUGUUCCAUCAGGAAGGAAUCCACCCAUGGAGCCUGGCUCACCUGGCCAUGUUAAUAGCUGUUCUCUUUAAUGCACCAAGAAGCAUUUGCAGACCAUGUGGCCUUGGCUCCUCUGGACAGCCUUUAGAGGAUGUAAAACCAGCUGAAAGACAAAGCAAGGCCUCCCUGCACGCCUGGCCCGCCUGCUAGAAUGUUCCUCAUGAAUGCCCCUCCAGUGGUCGCGCUGCAGUCUAGAUGGGAGGCCUUUGGCCCGCCCGGGACCUUCCGGUUUCCCGGCUACUUCUCAGAGUCUAAAGAAGAAGUUGCCAGAGCCUCGGUGAGCGCCAGGGUACAGAUGAUAAUCAGUUCACUGCAGCACAAUGAGGCUACUCUGGGCAUGAGCGAUGGGUGUGCCAUGCAGAGAGGCCAACGGGCAGAGCGGUGCCGUGACACCAAGCUGGCAGCAAGCCCCACCGUGCGCAAAGAGCAGCCUGCAUUUGCUGCCUGCGGUCUUGCUGCAGAUCGUGAGCCCCUGAGGGAAGGGGAGACUGCGGGCCUUGGCCCCUUGGUGCUGGAUUCAGACAGUGAUGACUCUGUGGACCGGGACAUCGAGGAAGCCAUCCAAGAGUAUCUGAAGGCAAAGAGCAGGGCAUCCCGGCCUAACCCCCCAGAGCCUGCCCACAGCAGCACUCCACCCACCCUAUGUCCCCCAAAACUGGCCCCUGGCUCAGGUAGUGUUCCUGAGAGCUCUGUGGCGGCCAGUGAGGACCAGGGCUCCGCCUCCCCAGUUAGCGUGAGCAGUGAGGACUCCUUUGAACAGAGCAUCCAAGCAGAAAUAGAGCAGUUUCUGAAUGAAAAAAGACAACAUGAAAACCAAAAAUGUAAUGGGUGUGAGGAUAAAAAGACAGAGCCAAAUGAAAAUUUAGCCAGGUUUAAAUCCCACAGAGAACCCCCGACCAGGUCUGUGCCCCGGCAGGAUCUGAUCGGAGCCUGUAAGGAAUUUGUGUUCCACAAGCCACCCAGGUUAGCGAAGGUGAACGCACAGCCCAGAAGCUUGCGGCCUAAAGUCACGGAGCCCGAGAACCCUGGCAGCACACGGCCGGCCGCCCCCAGGCCAGAGGCAGCACAGAGUAGGGGUGGGAAGAGGCGGAGUGCAGGUGCUGGCCGCAGGGGCAGACGAGUCAAGAGCACGGCCCUGGUGCAUGAAGCCUCUGACUCCAGCAGCGAUGACGGCAUAGAGGAGGCCAUCCAGCUGUACCAGCUGGAGAAGACCAGGAAGGAGGCUGGUGGGGACCCAUCGUCCAGAGCUCAGCUCAGAGAGGAGAAGGAACCCAAUCCUCCUACCAGCGGCACAGGCAGCACUCCGCAGAGUGUCGUGCGUGAGGCCCACAGGAAAGCCCCAAGCAAGAAGAAACCCACAGCUGCCAAGGCCGUGGACCCCACCCCAGGGGGUCUGGACCCUGAACACCUCUCCAAGCUACCAAAGGAUACCAAAACCUCUGCCCCUCCAGGACACACAGCCACCAGAAGUGACUCUGUGGAACAGGCCUUGUGCCGGGCAGACACGUCUGCAGAGCUGAUGUGUGCAGAAGCAAUCCUGGACAUUUCCAAAACCAUCCUGCCAAUCCCCACAGAGGGCAGUGGCAGGCCUCCACCUGUGAGCCCACUCUUCUAUUCCCCCACUGUGCCUUCCCACUCUGACGGUGAUAGCAGCUCCGUGGACAGUGAUGACAGCAUCGAGCAGGAGAUCCGGACAUUUUUGGCUCUCAAGGCACAGGCUGGAAGUCCGCAGCCUACCCAGGGCCCACUGUUGCUGCCUAGCCCCAACAGCCAAACUGGCCUUCCCAAGACCCCUCUCUCUAAAACACUGGACCUGCCUCUGACCUGCAAAAGAAAACGGAGGGGUGGAGGCAGCAGCACUGUGAGGCCAACCGUGUCCAAGAAAACAAGGGAGGUGAGAGAAAGCGUCCAGGACUGUGACUGCAGCCAGACAAAGGCUCAGCCUGGCCAUGAUGGGCAGGACUCACCUAACCAGGGAAAAGGUAGCGAGGUCCCAGGAGUGGGGGAGGAGGCCAGGGACCAGCCUGCCCUCACCAGAACAGUUGGACUCAGUGACGCACAUGGGGACCUUGGGAAGCCAGACGAGGGUCGGAGUGUUGGUGAGAAAGAGAGCUCUGAGGACAAGAGCAGCUCUCUGGACAGUGACGAGGACCUGGACAUGGCCAUCAAGGACUUGUUGAGAUCCAAGCGAAAGGUCAAGAAGAGGUGCAGGGACCCUCGGGCUGCAGGCAAGAAGAAAGUCAGGUUUAGCACCACUGAGACACGGUUCGUGGGCAGACUUGGCAGCCUCCCAAGAGACUGGGUUGAUCGAGGCCCACCAGUGCUGAGGAGCUGCCUGUCCAAGUCCAGAAGCAAUAGCAGGGUCGGCCCAGGAAGAAGACCACCAGGCAUCUUCAACAGCAUACCAGAGAGAACAAAACCAGGGGGCGAAGAUGCAGCCCAAGCUUUCCAGUCAAAGAGGAAAGCCCCUGAAGAGACACUGUUCUCCAAGGACACAGGAGCCUGCAGCCAGUCACCUUCAGCCCCCAACCCUACCUCCCUGUCUGAGGACAGCUCAGUGGACAGUGAUGAUAGCAUUGAACUGGAGAUCAGGAAGUUUUUGGCAGAAAAGGCCAAGGAAUCUGUGAGCAGUUCAGAAGUUCAAACAGGGGAUCCCACUGCUCUCGGACCAGGAGCUCCAGCUAGGCCAGAGGUGCUGGGCAAGAAAGAGCCAGUACUGCAGUCCGGUGUGUGCACACGGAGCCAGAGGACCAGGGGGGUCCCUCAGCUGACUGAAGGAGCAUGGGGCACAGAGAGAGCUGGGUCACAGGGCACAGCCAGCCUGUUUGCCAAGGGUGGAAAGGGCGCCCCCUACCCCGAGCACAUCACCCGCCUCCCGGCUGCUCUGGGCAGAUGUGAACCAGCACUACCCAAGAGCACCAGUGGAACCAUCUCUGUGAAAGCUUCUCCAGCAAGUAGGAAAAAUACUUACGUUCACAAAGACCAGAGCCCACGAGGUGCCGAGCCUGCCACUGCAGAAAGUGCUUUUGGCCAACUGUCCAACUGUGCCAAAGUGGGCACCGAGGCUGGAGGUGCUGGGGGGACCUUUCAGGUGAACUAUGGGAGCCGGACCUUUCUGACCUCCAGCCCAGGACCCCAGGCUGACCUCACCCUACCCUGGAGCGAUUUUGCCCACCAGAGCAGGCUGCCCAACCCAUGGGCACUGAACUCAGAAGGUCUAGGCUCGGUGUGGACAGGGGGUCUUGGGGACAGAGAGCAGGGUUCUGAGGGACGGGCCAGGGUCCCGCCCAACCUUACUGCGGGCCCCAGGAAGAACCUGCCCUUCUCAGGCUUCUCACCCCUGCUCUCCACCCAGUUGUUCCACUUUGGAAAGAGCGCUUCGUGGGGUGAGCAGACUGGCUUCUUUAGUCCCCACCUAGGCCUGCCUCUGCAGGGCCCAGCCUUCUCGGCCUUCAGGGAGACUCAGGCCGGCCACAGCCCUGUGUUUGGAAGCCCAGAUGUGCUCAUGAGGAAGGACAGUGGGCACUGGCCAAACAAGAAGACACAGGGGGGUCUCGGUCUGCACGACAGGAGGAGCUCAGGUCCUGAGGAAAAGAUCCUGGACCUGAGGUACCGACAUAGCGCCAUGGAAAGAGACGACCAGGACCAAGAGGCUUUGGGUAGUGACGCCAGUGAAUUUAGCGACACCUCUGUGGAGGACGGCGGUGGCAGCGCAGUGGUGAAAGGCAAAGUCCUCAAGUUGUGACAGGUGUCCUGGUCCUUGAUGCAUCCGGGGGAAGCAGUGUAUGUGUGCACAUGACUGCAUUUUUGCACCUGUCUGCGUGUGAAUGGAGGAUACUGGUUAAAGAGCAAAAACCAAGUCCCUUCUGCGUACCCUGUAUAUAUGAAGCAACGUUUUUAUUUAACAGAUGUGUCCUGGUAAAUAUGGUUUUUGUAGCUUUUGUAAAUUAUUUAAAGUGCUGUAAAAAAUAUUUUUGAAAAAUAUUGUCGUUGGAUUUUGUAGGGCGUUCCUAACUACAGUUUUCUGUGGUCUGCAUACCAGCAGUAGAUUAGCAAACAUUUGGUUCUUUCUGUCCCUGCUAGGGUCAAAGACUCAGGCCGGUCAUCUGGCCACUUAGUGUUAUAGAUGGUGAGGCCUGGAGGAGGCGGCAGCUGCCCUCCCCCAGAAGCGUGAAGAUGCCUAGGUGUGUCGGGACGCCGCUGGGACGGCCCAUUUUAUAAAGGACCCCUCAUCCCUGCAUCUUCUGAGGACUGCAGUCACAGCCUGCGAUUAGAAAACCACUUCAAAGCACAAUGGCCAGCUGGUUGGUCACCCCUGGCAUGUGUGAAAGUCCAGCUCAGCCCUGAGCGGUCAUUCAGGGUCCAGUCCUGUCUGGUCUCUAGACAUUUCUAAGAUCUAAGCAACCUUCUUUGUGCGAGAGUUCACUGAUCUUCUAAAAGGUGACAUCUCCCGUGUUUUUGCCAUCCUGUUCUUGAUUUGGGCACAUGUAUAGUGCAGUCAUGAGGGUGGUUUCGUCCACAAAUUGGUCACCCAUGAUGACAAACCCAGCAGUAGGACAGGCUUUCCUCACACCUGCCCUGCAGGACCUGGUCAGGCGUGCCCAACCAAGCCAGCCUUUCGCGUGGCCUUCUGUGGCCUGCCUCUUGGGGCAGAACCAGGGGCCUUGCUGGCACCUCCGCUUGGUUGUAGGCAGUGGCCUCUGGUCCUUGCAGUGGGGCCAGGUGAUACUGCCUUGGCAUCAUGCCCGUGGCUACUGUGGGGACAGAAGCCGUGAUGGACAUGGAGGGUCAAAACGUCUGUAUUGUGAUUGUCUCCCAGUUACUCCAAGUUUUGCAACUCAGCAUUCUGGUUUAGCUGUGACACAGGGUCUGCUGUAACUGACUUUCGUUGGUAUUAUAACAUGGAAUUUCCUACACCUUGUGCACCUGGGUCUUAAUAGUAGUUCACUUCUGUGCCCAAAUGCAGACGUGCGUCCCCCACAUCCACAGUGCGCGUCUGCAGUCGGAGCUGUGAGGAGUGCGCACCGCGGUCCUGUGCUGUCCUCAGCUGUUUCGACGAAUGUGCGGCACAUUCGUUCACUUCCGUGCUUCUGUGAGAGACCGCUCUGUGUGACCAGUGCUCCCUGCUUUAAUUUUUUAAAGAGUGCUUUUAACCCUUGAAGACAAAAUCCAUCUUGUUUUGUAUAUAAGAAU